GCACAAGAUUCCUUUCGUAACCGCUGCCACUAUAAAUUUACCCUCGAACCAAAAGCCAUCCGUAUUUUCCAAAGCCAUUUCGUCUUUCAGUCGCGACUUCCCGGAAUCUCAAAAACCGCCGCGAAGAGAAAAGAAUCUACAAACGAUGGCCACCGUCGAUAAGGGAGUGGAGAUCAGCAAGGAGAGGGAACUGAAGCACCUAGGGUUUCUGAGGGUGGCGGCGAUUCAGACGCUGGUGUGCGUUUCGAAUCUGUACGAUUACGCCAAGCAGAACUCCGGGCCGCUCAGAUCGACGGUCGGGACUGUGGAGGGCGCAGUCACCGCCGUCGUUGGUCCCGUUUACCGGAAGUUUAAGGGCGUACCUGACGACGUCCUCGCUUUCCUCGACGCCAAGGUGGAUGAAGGCAAAGACAAGUUCGAUAAGCAUGCUCCUCCAGUGGCUAAGCAGGUCGCGAGCCAAGCGCACUGCUUGAUCCAGAAGGCAGCGGAAAAGGGACACAGAAUUUUAAAGGAGGUUGAAACUGGCGGUCCACGCGCAGCUAUUCACUAUACAGCUACUGAGUACAAGAACUUUGUCUUGAAACAAUCUGUUAAGUUGUGGGUCGGACUCAACAAGUACCCUUCCAUCCACACAGUGGCACAGAAGGCUGCACCAACCGCUGCGCACUGGUCUGGCAAAUACAACCACACCGUAAAGGACUUGACCCGUAAGGGCUAUGCCAUCUUCGGCUAUCUACCCCUGGUUCCGAUCGAUGAGAUAUCCAAGGCAGUCGAAAAGGGAGAGGCGGAGAAGAAGGAAGAUGCGGCUGCACAUGUCGAGCACAAAUCGGAUUCUUCUGAUUCUGAUUGAAGGAAUGUCCGCCUGCCUGCCUUUGGUGGUUUUAAGUUUGGCCCUUUAAUUAUACUAGCUGUCCUGUUUUAAAGAAAAGCCUAAUAUGGUAGGUUGGCGGGUGUGGAUGAACUGAAGAAAUGUGGAUAGCUACUUAGCUUCGCUAGCGUCUAUGUAAAUUUACAUCUACUUUUGUCUCAGUUUGUUAAAGACCUUCACCGGCUAAAUUUAGAAUAAAAAACAUGAAACUUGCAGCAA